ACUAAAAUAACUGGGUAUUAUGCAGCGCUGGUUGAGUAACGGGGAUAUUUCGUCGAUAGAUAACCAAUAAAAUUGAAACGUAACUUCUGCCAGAUAGGCUGCCCAGGAAACUGUGUAUAUAAACUGCUUAGUGCAAGUGACAGCGAUAGUUGUCGCGGAAAAAUAGCAACACGAAGUGCCUACAAAUGAUGUCGGUCACAUUUUCCCUGCGUGUACUGGAUUAACACCGGAUGGAUUAAGUGAGAGCUUUUGUAAGAGCACUAUGGAAUGGCCAGAGGAUUUUCCCGAAGACCAUGCCUUUGUGGAUCUGCUGGUUCCAGGUGUUUCAAGUGAUCUGGACUUUGAACAGCUUAUAAAAGACACAGAGGAGAAGCUCAAUCUCAAUGCCAACAGCAUUGAACAGCAGCUGAAGGAGCUCCAGGCUAAAAUAGGAGACUCCCGCACAACAGAGCGUCCACUGAGUCCCACAGAGUGGCUGCAGUGGUUCUCCCUCCAAACACAGAGUGUGAGGCCUGUUACCCAAGGACAUCAAGAGCUUAUGGACUUCUUCAGAGCUCUGCAACAGUACCUGAGAUCUGAAGAAGAGUCGAAAGAAGAGGUGACACUUCAGCUACUGCUGAAUCUGUCUUCCCAGUGUGGUAUUUGCUUCCCCUAUAGCCAUUCUUCUUCAUCCCCACUUUCUUCUCUUCAUUCUCAACUGACUGCUUCCUCCAUCCAAUUGGUUCACACAGUCAGAGAUGACACUUCAUUAGAGAUCCAGGAGGUGUGGGAUGACGUACGUCUCCAGCUCAGACGCUACCUGAUGGCUCGUCUGUCUUCCCAUAGUCCCGAGCGUCCUGGAUCUAGACAAAUAACCACUCUGUCCAUCCUUGAACGGGUUCAGUGUCUGCAGCAGAUGUUCUUCCUUUAUCCUGAGUCAGAGGUGCUGCAACUUUACCAGGGUUUACAACACCAACAUGUGUUGGGUGUUCUGCACUCCACCCUGUCCUCCAGUCAAAGUAGUGAGACUGGCUUUGAUAGACUGGCUGUGAGUUUCUGCAGCAUGGUUCCAGUUCUGACUCAAGCCCUCAAAGAGGAGCUCCAUGUCCUUUCAAGACUGGCAGAACCCCAUACGAUCCUUGGUUUUAUUAAUGCAGCCUACCUCACAACUGUGGCCACAGAGUUUGGCUCCCUGAUGGAGAGAGAAUGUGAGACAGCUCACAGAGACAACACGGCCCCGAGCGUCAAAACAAAAAAAUAUUCUGUCAAAUCCCGGGCAACUGUGGCACCAAUGGAGCUUCCCUUGAAAAAUAGGAGCUUUAGUUUGACCUCCCACCAGCUGAGGGCGUUAACCCAGCUGGCUUGCACUCUGCUGGGAUUUGAGAGCGAUGUGAAGGAGUUGGUCACCAACAUGAUCUUCAUUAACUGUACAGGAGACACUCCUGGAGUAAAAGGCAUCUUGAAAAAGAGCAAACAGGAUUUGGACAUGACAACUGAGAGCAGGAAAUCCACCACAAAAACUACAGAGGCACAGGUUCUGGAGUUUAACUGGAGGUCAGCAUUUAGGGGACUGGUCCCUCACAUGGAGCAUUGUGUAAAGGUGGUGCUGGAUGAUGUUUGUGCAAAGAAUCUACAACAAGAAGAGGAAUUACAUUCUUCUGGACACAUCUCUGUCUCUCUGAGCCCAGUUACUAGACACACCUUCAUCACUGCCAGCAACACACAUCUCAGAGACGACUCCUCCUAUGCCCACUCAGAGAGAGAGACUCCCAGAAUGAUAGCCAAGUUCUGUGGGGCAAUCAUGACUGAAAUGGAUGCCUUGCUACCACUGGCAGCAGCCUGCAACGACAGCUCUCUUCUGCAGGUGCGAUCAAGCUUUAUAGAGUCAUGUGGCAGAGCAGCAUUUGCCAUGCUGGGUCGUUUACAGGAGAGGGCCCUGGAGGUACCGUCCUCUGCACCCCUGAAGAACUUGCAUGCUCUACUGGCCACAUGCAUUUAUGUGCACCAACGACUAGAGCACUACAACGCCAGGCUGAAGGAUUCAAAUACUACUGCAGCUAAAAUAACCCUGACCCCACUACCUGUGCAGAAAUACAAAGAUACAGUCGAGGCCAUGAGAGAGCAGUUGAUCAGCUACUGUGUCCAAGUUUGUUAUACCUGCAUUCUUCAGGACGCAGAGAGCCACCAUUGGGCUGACCCCAAACCUUUCUAUGAGGGCGAGAGGUGUUCCUUCUCAGUGCAGAUGUGGUUCUACUUCCUGUGUGGGCUUCGUAGCGACCUGUGGGCGGUCCUUCCGGCAGAGUUGGCCAGGGAUGUGCUCGGCCAGGUUCUCGCAGAUACUUUACGGCUGCUUGUGCAAAGAUAUGCCAGAGCCCGGGCUUCAUAUAAGAGACAUCUACAAAUCAGAUGUGACAUUACAGCAAUAUUGCUGUAUGUGGAGCACCUUAUGUGGAGCAUGUGUGAAAGUCCUGAGGCCUUGGUGUGCUACAACCCUUCUUCAGUGAUUACCAUAAUAGCAGGAGGUUCAGACUGGCCAUACCAAAUCCACAACCUGUGUGACCAGCUCCUGACAGUCCUUGUCAUUGUCACAGCACCUCUAUCCUUGAUACAUAGGACAUUUAUGAUAGAUGCAGCAAAGGAGACCUCACCAGACUCACCAACCAUUCCUGUUAUACGCUGGCUAAAUGCUAUCAACCCUGACGUCUUCACAGAGCAAGCUAUGAGAGAUGGCCUUAUGGGCCAGGCAGCCUUGGCAUGUCAACUGAAGCUACUGACAUCUGACCCCGGAUGCAAUCCCAAGUUGCUACUUCAAAUGCUGCUGUACAGAGACUGUCACCUGCCCAGAAUACUCCUGGAAAAUUCUUAUUUUUGCCAGGAGAGCAGCUUAAAAAUGUCUACAGAGAAUCACAAGGCAGGAGAUGACUUCAUGGUUUCAUUAUUCAACCUUUUCUCUUACCUGAAUAAUGUUCCUAAGGCCUUGACUCAGGCCCUUCGGCCAUACCUGGAACGGUCACACAUAUGGGAACAUCUCUACACUCUUGCAGACACGACACGGACGGUACCUGUACUCAUCAGCUGUGUCCGGGAAAUAGUCACAAAAUCCACCAAUAGCCUUCUGGAACACCUCGUCUCCAUGGUUUUGGGUUGGCAGGCCACAGAGGAGCCUGGUGGAGCCUUGUUCAAGCGAGCUGUGCCAGAGAGUAUCCUGGCUAAAAUACCUAAGGACUGGAACUACACACCAUUGGAUGCAAAGGGAAAGGACACUGUCCAUCAAACUGUCAUAUCCUUAGCAAUUCAAGCAUUGUCCUUCAUUUUCACCAAUCUGCCCAUGGCCGUAGCAUCCUUGCCACUCCCAGUCCGCUUUCUCUUCCAAGUGGCAGAGAAGCACCUUUCCCAGCAUGCCCGGCAGCUGCGGUUAGUGGGCCUGUUGAUCUGGGCCGUACUGGGCUGCCUGAUCCAGGGCCUAGAGGACCCAGACACACUAGAACAGAUCAGUGGUCUGGCUCUUGACCGCUCAGCAAAGGACUGCCUGUCCCUGCUGGCAGAGUGCGUACAGGCUGCUAUGGGCGUUCAGCAAAAGGGUGUUCCCAAACCCUCAGUCCACAAAGUGCUGCAGGCUCUGGAGGAAAAAAGACCUAAGUGGACACAACUGCAGCUGCAGAAGGCCCGCAAACUCUGCUCAGACAGUGUAUUUGAACAAGGAAGCGAGAGAGGAGUUGCUGCGACUGAACUGACUGAGCAGAAAAUAGGCCUGAUGCUGCUGGAGGUCUGCCACAAAGCAGGUGGCAGCAGCUACCUGAGGCAGAUCUAUCACAUCAUCCAAGGCAAUGAGGAGCUGCUGAUGUCUAAACUGAGUGGAAGCUCAGACUUGCCAAAUGAUCCUCCUCUUUUGGUGAAGUUUGAGCUCGGCCCCGAGAGUCAUGUUGGCAGUGCCUGUUUCAACCCUCUCUGCCAGUUUGACCACAUUGGCAGGAAGAAGCUGGAUCAGAGUGCCCUGGUCGACUGGGCAUGGGACUGGGCAAGGCUGCUCCCGGAGUAUAAGGGCAUGAGUCAGGUCACCUUCAAAACUCUGCUGGCCAACAGGUGGGAGAUGCAGGAGGGUGCGCAGCUGGAAGAUGGAGAGAAAGCAAUGGUGGAGGAACUCGAGAAAGCCUUUUGUGUUUGCUGCUGUGCCCCAGGACCACAGAACCCUCCUGAAACUGAUGAGACACCAGCAGCGCAGGCCCAGAGGGAAACAGAACCAUCUGAUAAAGGCGUUGCCCAAUAACACCCCGCACGAGUGGAUUUUUUUUUUUUUUUUUUUUUGUUCAUGUUGUAAAUGUUUUUCUUGUGAUAUGCACUUGGAACACUCAAGGUAGUAGUGUGUGUAUAUGUGGGGAUGUGUAUUUUCACAGUUGUAGGUGUAAUUGGGUUUGCACAUGCACUGAAUACUGCAAAUUUGCAUAUGUGUGUGCGUGAAAACGAGAGAGAGAGAGAGAGAGAGAGAGAAGGAGUAAGAAACAAAAAGUGUGCGAGAGAUGGUGCCUCCCUCUUCAUGCACACACCUCAGACAAACUCUUUGUGCUUUUCUAUGCUGCAUCAGAUGCAUUUCAUCUUUUUAGAGCACACCGACAGAAAUCAGUUCUGGGGAAAUGGAGAGCCUGGAUUUGUUUGCCUGGGACAAGAUGGAACUGUGUGAUCAUCCUCGGUGGUUGAAGUUUUUUUUUUUUUCUUUGGGUUCAUGUUUUUUUUUUUUUUUUUUGCUUUUUGUUUUUUGAGACAGUGAGUGUAAAGACACUGAUGUCAGCAUACUUUCUCCUGGUUCCUGAAAGAAAACAUCAAUUUAUUAUGGUUGGGAAGGGAGAUGAAGCAUGUUUUGAUAACAACGUGUCCUCCAAAUCUGUCCGUCUAUGAAAUAUCUGUCAGUAUUUUGUGUGAACUGUGAAAACAUUUAUGUGUAACAUGAUUGCUCACUAUAUCCCAUAUGUGUCCUUUUUUUUUUUUUA